AUGUCAUCCAAGAACGACAAACUGGUGCACAACUUGUCGUCAAAGGAGCUGACGGAGGAACAAAUGCAGGUUUUACGGCAUAAGGCCUCAUUCAACACAGCCGAUGCCAAACCUGCCAACACGUUCGCAACAUGUUCAAUCCUCAGCUCGACGAGAGCGACAGACGAAACGAAGAACCCCAUUCGACACCAAGCGUCCUCCCUCCUCAUGGCUCAUAGGCCGCGCGACGUGCUUUCCAAGGUCGAGCGCGAUGCACUUAUGGAACUCAGGGCCGACAACGACCUCGUAAUGGUGCCUGCGGGAAAGGGGCGUUCAACGGUCGUAUUGGACAGGACAGACUACAAUCAAAAAGCCAAAAGCCUAUUGGAGGAUCGUCAGUCCUAUGUCCCAUGCGAAUCCAACCCCAUAAAACGCUGA